UCUAACAGACAACAAAAUUGUAAGGAAGAAAGAAAAACAAAAGUUUGCUUCUUUUUUUUUGGAAGAGAACAGAGUUUUACUUUCUCUUCCAAAGAGUUUUUUCAUUAAGGAAGUGGGGAACCAUCCAAGUCUGAACAAGUAUUGUUGCCUUGUUGGUUGUAUUCGACAGAGUGAAUCUUUCGUGCUGGAAUUAUUCUUUUUUCCCUUUUUGUAUUUUCUUCUCUGCUUCGAGUUUCUUUUUCUGCUCUUCUUAAAUCUCUGUUUCUCAAAUUUGGCGUCUUUCAGAUUUGGGUUUUAUCUCUUUCUUUUUGUUUUCCGUGAAAACUAUUGAAAUCUCUGAGAUAUUUGGAUUUUAUCUUCCGGGCAACUGAAAAGAUGUCACAAGUUCUCAGAAUCAAACAUUUUGAAAUUUGCUAGCUCUUUUGAAAAAAAUGGCUCUGGCUUUUAUCACUGCUUUGGUGUUUACGUGUUUAUUAUGGUCAUCUGUGUCACCAGAUGCUCAAGGGAAUGCGCUAUUUGCUUUGAGGAGCUCGUUACGUGCAUCACCUGAACAGCUAAGUGAUUGGAACCAGAAUCAAAUCGAUCCUUGUACUUGGUCUCAAGUUAUUUGUGAGGACAAGAAGCAUGUUUCUUCUCUUACACUGUCUUACAUGAACUUCUCGUCCGGAACCUUGUCUUCAGAAAUAGGAAUCUUGACUACUCUCAAGACUCUUACAUUGAAAGGAAAUGGAAUUAUUGGUGGAAUACCAGAAUCCAUUGGAAACCUGUCUAGCUUGACCAGCUUGGAUUUAGAGGAUAAUCAAUUAACUGGUCGCAUACCAUCCACUCUCGGUAAUCUCAAGAAUCUCCAGUUCUUGACCCUCAGUAGGAAUAACUUAAACGGGACUAUCCCGGAUUCACUUACGGGCCUGUCAAAACUGAUUAAUGUUCUGCUCGACUCAAAUAAUCUCACCGGUGAAAUUCCUCAGAGUUUAUUCAAAAUCCCAAAAUACAAUUUCACAGCAAACAACUUGAGUUGUGGUGGCACUUUUCCUCAACCUUGCGAAACAUUGUCCAGUCCUUCAGGUGAUUCAGGCAGUCGAAAAACUAGAAUUAUUGCUGGAGUUGUUAGUGGGAUCGCAGUUAUUCUCCUUGGGGUCUUCAUGUUUUUCUUCUGCAAGGAUAAGCAUAGAGGAUAUAAACGUGAUGUGUUUGUCGAUGUUGCAGGUGAAGUGGACAGAAGGAUUGCGUUUGGACAGUUGAGAAGAUUUGCAUGGAGAGAGCUUCAAUUGGCUACAGAUGAGUUCAACGAAAUUAAUGUUCUUGGACAAGGAGGCUUUGGGAAAGUUUACAAAGGAGUGCUUUCGGAUGGCACAAAAGUGGCUGUGAAAAGGUUGACUGAUUUUGAGCGUCCAGGAGGAGACGAAGCUUUCCAGAGAGAAGUUGAGAUGAUAAGUGUAGCUGUUCAUAGGAAUCUGCUUCGCCUUAUCGGCUUUUGCACAACACAAACUGAACGCCUCUUGGUGUAUCCUUUCAUGCAGAAUUUAAGUGUUGCAUAUUGCUUAAGAGAGAUUAAACCCGGUGAUCCAAUACUGGACUGGUUCAGGAGGAAGCAGAUUGCGCUAGGCGCAGCACGAGGACUUGAAUACCUUCAUGAACAUUGCAACCCGAAGAUCAUACACCGAGAUGUGAAAGCUGCCAAUGUGUUACUAGAUGAAGACUUUGAAGCAGUGGUUGGUGACUUUGGUUUAGCCAAGUUGGUAGAUGUCAGAAGAACCAAUGUGACUACUCAGGUCCGUGGAACAAUGGGUCACAUUGCACCUGAAUGUAUAUCCACAGGGAAAUCAUCAGAGAAAACUGACGUUUUUGGGUAUGGAAUUAUGCUUCUAGAGCUUGUAACUGGACAAAGAGCGAUUGAUUUCUCGCGGCUAGAGGAAGAAGAUGAUGUCUUAUUGCUAGACCAUGUGAAGAAACUGGAAAGGGAGAAAAGAUUAGGAGACAUUGUAGAUAAGAAGCUUGAAGAGGAUUAUAUGACGGAAGAAGUUGAAAUGAUGAUACAAGUUGCAUUGCUUUGCACACAAUCAGCACCUGAAGAACGACCAGCGAUGUCUGAAGUUGUGAGGAUGCUUGAAGGAGAAGGGCUUGCAGAGAGAUGGGAAGAAUGGCAGAAUCUUGAAGUCACGAGACAAGAAGAGUUUCAAAGGUUGCAGAGGAGAUUUGAUUGGGGUGAAGAUUCUAUUAAUAAUCAAGAUGCCAUUGAAUUAUCUGGGGGAAGAUAGGAAAAAAUAUACUUUGACUCAGAAAAGAUAGAAUCAUCUGAUCGAUCACGCUGUAAAGUAGAAGAAGAAUCAAAUGGUUCUUCACCAGUAUCAUCAUCAACUGAUCUUUUAACACUAAGAAAACAGAAUCUUAUGCGUCCAAGACUUCAGUUCCCUAGGAGAAUAGAUACUAUACAAAAGCACAUAACCGAACAAAGUCAUAGUGUGGGAUUCUUGGUCAUGACAUGAGAUGACACAUCAGAAAGAGGCUCCUCUAUGUUCUGAACAAUGAGAAGUUGAGAAACGUCAUUUGCUUGGCAAGUCAAAGCAACACACACAUACCGAAGGUCCCAUAAAUGGUCUAUAGGCAAUUCUGAACGCUAGCUUUAACCUGCAAAGCCAUAACAAUAACCUUUCACUUCAUAUUACGCAGAAGCUUGUAAGCCUCUCGGAGUUGUGUCUUCCUACACAAAAUGUUUCAAAAUGUUGCGCAGUUCAACCAA